UCAAAAGAUAGAUAUAAAGUAGAACAAAAAGCAUUUGAGUCUCUCUCUCUAGAUCUCUCUCAUCUCUCCGGAGAGAUAUGCAAAGAGAGAACUGGGGGGAUAAGAUGAGCAUGUUGGUGCUGACAUUGAUAUUUAUAUAUAACUUUUUGGUGGUGUUUCAGCAGCAAGCAGGAGCAGUAACAGUUGUGAAAGGCUCGAAAUGUGAUUAUUUCCAGGGGAGCUGGGUGGCUGAUAAAACUUAUCCUUUGUACAAUGUCUCUUCAUGCCCUUUUAUCGAAAGAGAGUUCAACUGCCAGAACAAUGGCCGCCCGGACCAGCUUUAUCUCCAUUAUAGAUGGCAACCUCAUGCUUGUAACUUGCAAAGAUUCGACGGACGAGAUUUCUUGGAGAAAAUGAGAGGGAAAAGCAUAAUGUUUGUAGGAGAUUCACUGAGCAGAAACCAGUGGAACUCAUUGGUGUGCUUGAUUCACUCUGCAGUCCCUUCUGCCAAAUACACGACUUCUUUACUCGGCGAUGUUGCCACCCUCACUUUCACGGAAUAUGGAGUUAAAGUGAUGCGGGAUCGGAAUGUAUUUUUAGUGGACUUAGUGAGAGAGAAAAUCGGAAAUGUGUUAAUACUAGACUCAGUUGAACAGAGCAGCAAGCUCUGGAAUGGAAUUGAUGUAGUAGUGUUCAACACUUGGCAUUGGUGGAACCGGAGAGGACCAACACAACCAUGGGAUUACAUCAGAGUUGGAAACAAAGUGUACAAAGACAUGGAUAGGCUGGUUGCUUUCGGAAUAGCUCUAAAUACUUGGGCUAAUUGGAUGAACACCAAGUUUGAUCCUAGCAAAUCCAAGGCAUUUUUCCAAGGGAUUUCACCCUCCCAUUACAAUGGGACCGAGUGGGGAGAACCAAAGGCCAAGACUUGUAAAGGACAAACCCAACCAAUUUUGGGCCCAACUUACCCAGGAGGAAUGCCACCAGCUUUAGGAGUUUUAAAGAAAGCCAUUGCAAAAAUAACGAGGCCCAUUACGUUGCUGGACAUUACCAAUCUUUCCUUGUUGCGGAAAGAUGGACAUCCUUCGAUUUAUGGGCUUACGGGGGCCCAAGGAAUGGACUGCAGUCAUUGGUGUUUAGCCGGAGUUCCAGAUACGUGGAAUCAGAUUUUUUACAAUUAUUUGUAGAUUUAAUUGGUUGAAUAAUAAUUUAAUAAGUCCGGUUUGAUGGACAAAAGCAUAUUAGAAUAUUUUUUUUCCGGCAUUUUUGUACCAGAAUAUGCUACCUAGUGGUAUACAAUAAACUAAAUCAAAUA